CUGUCUUUAAUUUCUUAAAUCAUUAAAACUAUAUAACCAAAAACAAAACUCCAUCUUUUUAUUCCCCUUCAUCCACAAGAAAAAACAUUUAUUGUCUCUCUUCUUUACAAACCUCACGAAGAAAGAAAAAAAUGGAGUUGUUCACGAAAGGUAACAACGUUAAGCUACGAAGCCACCUAGAUAAGUUUCUAGUCGCCGACGAUGAUCAAGAAACCAUCCGUCAAAGCCGUAAAGGAGAUGCACGGCGAGCCGUUUGGACGGUUGAGCCAGUCGUCGAUAAACCUAACCUGAUAAGGCUGAGGAGCAGCCACGGUACGUACUUAACGGCUAGCAACAAACCGUUGCUGUUAGGUAUGACCGGUGAGAAGGUGACUCAGACGGCGUCGUUUAACAAGCUGAUGGAUUGGCAAACGCAGUGGGAACCGGAGAGAGAUGGGUUUCAGGUGAAGCUCAAGUCUUGGUGCGGCAAGUGGAUGAGGGCUAACGGAGGAACGCCGCCGUGGAGAAACUCUGUUACUCACGACGAGCCUCAUACGUCGAAGACCAAGAACUGGUUGAUCUGGGAUGUAAUAACUGUUGAUGGUUCUGAUCUUGAGAACAUGUCUGAUGGAGAUGAUGAGAGCUCUGUCUCUUCUCCGGUCGGGUCAGAACCCGGGUCGCCCGCUUCCGUCGGAAAUAUGAGGAGUAUUAGCCGGUUCGCUUCUCUUGGUUUACCUUUGUCUCCAAGAUGGUCCCCAAAACCGAAGAUAACGAGUAGCUUCAACCAAAAGGAAACAGUACCAUUAGUCUCAGCAAUGGAGUUUUUCCAGAAAGCAAAAGCUGUUCGUAUCCGCAACAGCCACAACAAGUACCUAACAGCAGACGACGACGAAGAAACCGUGACCCAGAACCGUAACGGAUCAACCAAAAACGCUCGUUGGACCGUCGAACCGGUUCGCGACUCUCACCACAUCAUACGUCUCAAAAGCUGUUACGGCAAAUACCUGACAGCUUCCAACGAGCGGUUCUUGCUCGGAGCUACGGGUAAGAAAGUGAUUCAGCUUAAACUGAGCCGGCCCGAUUCGUAUGUUGAGUGGGAGCCUGUUAGGGAAGGAUCUAAGAUUAAGCUUAGGACGAGAUCUGGUAACUAUCUCAGAGGUAAUGGUGGUCUUCCUCCGUGGAGGAACUCGGUGACUCAUGAUAAUCCUCACAUGUCGGCUACUCAGGAUUCGAUUUCUUGGGAGGUUGAUGUUGUUGAGAUCUUAACCGAUUCUGAGUUCAAGACCGAGUCUCCGAAAGCUCCACCUCCGCAGAAGACGAUGACGCCACCGCCGCAUAGGAGACCGUCGAAUUCGCCGUUGUCGGUUUCUCAUUCCAGGACUCCGUCUUCUCUUUCAGACAGAUCCGAUUCAGAUUCGGUUGAGUCUCCGCCUAAAUCUGAGGGGCGAACCAUAUAUUACCACAUCGCCGACGAAGAAGGACACGUGGAGGACGAAACAACCGUUGGAUACGCUUUCACUUUUAAAGGAAACAGCGUGGCGGAGCUGACUCAGACGUUGAGAGAAGAAACGUGCUUGGAAGACGCUGUGGUGUGCACUCGCAGUCCUUUAAACGGCAAGCUGUUUCCUCUUCGUUUGCAACUCCCUCCUAACAAUGGUACAUUGCAUGUCGUUUUACUACCCUCCAACGCUAGCCUCUAGACUUUUGCGGGAACGUUGCAAACCAAAAAUAAUCGAGAGCUAUGUGAUUGCGAUGUUCGACCCGGGAGACACUAGAAACGAGUGAUUGAAUUCUUAAUCUUUAGUAAGCGUCGACAUUAAAAUGAAAAAUUAGUAGUAAGAGUUUUUGAUUAUAGGAAGGAUUUUUAUAAGAUUCUUUUUUUUUUUUUUGGGAAUAUAAUACAAGCUUUUGUUUGUCUUUGUAAAUAAGCGAUUUCUUGGUAAACCAACACAUUUUGGAUUUUUGGGUUUUAUUUGCAUGAACAUGGAUUCGCCAUAGAAAAAUAUCA